AUGUCCUCCAAGAUUGACUCCUACCCCUCUGAGAUGGAUGCCAUGACUGAGUCUGGCUACGUCAGUGCUGGCUCUGGUGCAAGCGAAGAAUACGUCCCGGAGAUUGUAUUCACCAAGCCUCAUCUUCAAUUCCUCAACCGUCAGCUCCAGUUCCUUGAGCCUCAAGAAAUCUUGCGGUGGUGCAUUACAUCCCUGCCUCACCUGUUCCAGACUACUGCUUUCGGCUUGACUGGUCUGGUCACUCUGGAUAUGCUCUCUAAGCUCGAGGUUCCUCGUCCUCAGAUGGUGGACCUCAUCUUCCUCGACACUCUUUACCACUUCGAUGAAACCAAGACCCUGGUGGACCGUGUCCGCCGCAAGUACCCCAACAACAACGUGCACAUCUUCAAGCCUGCUGGUGUCGACACCACUGCCGAAUUCGAAGCCAAGUAUGGCGCCAAGCUCUGGGAAGUCGAUGACCAACUUUACGACUGGGUUGCCAAGGUCGAGCCUGCUCAACGCGCCUACCGUGAAAUGAACGUCCACGCCGUCCUCACUGGACGUCGCCGCAGCCAGGGUGGCAAGCGUGGCGACCUCGACAUCGUCGAAGUCGACGAGGCCGGUCUCAUCAAGAUCAACCCCAUGGCCAACUGGUCCUUUUCUCAAGUUCAGCAGUACGUCAAGGACAACGAUGUCCCUUACAACGAGUUGCUCGACCGUGGUUACAAGAGUGUUGGUGACUGGCACUCCACUCAGCCCGUUGCUGAGGGCGAGGACGAGCGUGCUGGCCGCUGGAAGGGUCAGCAGAAGACUGAGUGCGGUAUUCACAACAAGCGCUCGGCUUACUCCCUUUACUUGAUGGAGAUGGAACGCAAGCAGCAAGAGGAGGCUCAGGCUCUUACACAGGCUCUCAAUGCUCAGUGCACUCCUGUGGCUUAA